CUUGGCUGCUCUUCUUCAACGUAUUCAUUAUGAAGUUAUUUGCAAUACUUUUGCUAUCUGGACUUAUAACUGGUUGUAGAGGAAACUCUUCCUAUAGUUUACCACCCAAGUUACUAUUGGUAUCCUUUGAUGGCUUCAGAGCGGACUAUCUACAGAACUAUGAAUUUCCUCAUCUCCAGAAUUUUAUACAAGAUGGUGUAUUAGUAGAGCAUGUUAAUAAUGUUUUUAUCACUAAAACAUUUCCAAACCACUACAGUAUUGUGACAGGAUUGUAUGAAGAAAACCAUGGUAUUGUGGCUAAUUCUAUGUAUGAUGCAAUCACAAAGAAACACUUUUCUGACAUUGAGGACAAGGAUCCUUCUUGGUGGAAUGAAGCUGUACCUAUUUGGGUGACCAAUCAACUUCAGGAAAACAGAUCAAGUGCUGCUGCUAUGUGGCCAGGUACUGAUGUAUCCAUCCACAAUACCACACCUUCCUAUUUUAUGAAUUACAGCUCUUUGGUAUCAUUUGAGGAGAGACUAAAUAAUAUUACCACGUGGUUGAGCAAUUCAAACCCACCAGUCACCUUUGCAACACUCUAUUGGGAAGAACCUGAUGCAAGUGGCCACAAAUAUGGACCUGAAGAUAAAGAAAACAUGCGCAGAGUGUUGAAAGAAAUAGAUGAUCAUAUUGGUAACCUAGUCUACAAACUCAAGAUGUUGGGGUUGUGGGAAAAUCUUAAUGUGAUCAUCACAAGUGAUCAUGGCAUGACCCAGUGUCCUAAGGACAGAUUAAUAAACUUGGAUCUCUGCAUUGAUCAUUCACACUAUACUCUUAUAGAUUUGACUCCUGUUGCUGCCAUACUUCCCAAAUUAAACAAAACAGAUGUAUAUAACAAACUAAAAACCUGUAGCCCUCACAUGAGUGUUUAUCUCAAAGAAGACAUUCCUGCCAGAUUUCAUUAUCAACAUAAUAAUCGAAUUCAGCCUAUUAUAUUGGUUGCUGAUGAAGGCUGGACAAUUGUGCUAAAUAAAUCAUCACCAAAGUUAGGUGACCACGGUUAUGACAAUUCUUUGCCUAGCAUGCAUCCAUUUCUAGCUGCCCAUGGGCCUGCAUUUCACAAAGGCUACAAACACAGCUCAAUUAACAUUGUGGACAUUUAUCCAAUGAUGUGCCACAUUUUGGGAUUAAAACCUCAUCCCAAUAAUGGAACUUUAGGACGUACCAAGUGUUUGUUGGUUGACCAGUGGUGCAUUAAUCUUCCAGAAGCUAUUGGGAUUGUAAUUGGUGCACUCUUUAUUUUAACCACUCUAACGUGCCUCAUAAUAAUCAUGCAACAUAGACUAUCUGUACCCCAUCCAUUUGCUAGACUUCAGCUACAAGAAGAUGAUGAUGAUCCUUUAAUUGGGUAGCAUGUGCUGAUGUUCUACUGAGUGUCUCAAAAGCAAGAAUAUACCAAGGAAUGGCAUUCAAAAUAUAUAUAAUUAUAUAUGUAUAUGCAUAUAUUACAUUGGAAAAAAGGGACAAAGAAUCUAUAUCAAAUCUGGUAAAGCUAUUUGUUUUCUAUUUCCUUAUGCUUUGGUAUAUCAGCUAGUAUUAUGUAAGUGAGCACGAACUGUUUCUCAGUAUUGUUAAGAAAAAUACUGUCAGCACUUUUUUUUGCGAUGAAUAUAUAAUAUAUCUUUAGAUAUAAAAUUUAGUGGUUCUCAUCUUCUAAUAUUUAUAUUUAUAAAUGAAACAACAUAAAUCUUUUAUGCAGUUGAUGGGGUUUAUAUAUCAGGAAGGAAAAGUUUCCUAUAUUUUUGUAUUUAUCUUUUCUAGAGUUUAUAUCCUAAGAAAAUCUUUGAGAUAGGCAAGUAUCUUUUUUGGUUAAUAGUUGCUUAACCAGGCAGAAAAGAUCUAGGAUGCAAAGAAAUUAUUUUAGGAAUAUCUGUUAUGAAAAGACAAAGACCGAGUCUUCACAAAUGUCUUUGAAACCCUUAAGCCACUGAAGUCUGAAAAGUUGUAUCUUUUAAAGAUUAUUGCUAAUGAAUUAAUAGAGAAAAUGCAUUAUAUUUGUUUUAGUUUUGUUUUUAUGCAAGCAUGUUUGAGUAUAUGUGUGUAUAAACUUUACGUGACCUGUUGAACAUCAGAGGUGAACUGGGCUGUAGGCAGACUUCUGUGCUCCCAUGGAAUCCAACUCUCAAGAAAGGUUAUAUUUGCACUUCUUAUUUGUCUGCUUUCUUCUUCUAACGCAAAGUUAGUUAUAAUGUUUUAAGAAUGCAUUAAUUUUAUUACCAUCUCUAACUUUAACUUUAUUAUAAUCCUUAUUGUAACCAGAGGUUUCCAAAUGCUCCAGAAAGUUUUAUGAUUUGAAUACACAUUGGUUUUGAUUGGGUAAGGAUGAGGAGCAGAAAUUUUUACAUUUGCCUUUGGAACUUUCAUAUCUAAGUUUUGAUGUAAUAGAGUAGUUAAAAGUUGUAAAGGGGCAGUUAGUAUCUUCGAAUCUUUUAUGUUAUUCAUACAUUACAUUUCAAAAUAACUUCUUUGCACUCUUUCAGUAGUCUUAGUGCUUGUUACCUUUGCUUUUUUUUUUUUCCUCUAGUAUUUGAUCUGUAGAAAUUAUCACUCAUUCUUUUUUUUUUUUUUUUUUGCCAUGGUUGGUAGAUUUGUUGUGAAAAACUCAUCCUACCUUUGCUAAGUAGUACUUUGUAAUAAAAAUGUGAAGAAAGUGAGUUAUGACAGAACUAAAUUGUAUCUAUAAGAGGAAAUAGUGGACUCAUAAACCACUCCUCAGGAACUGAGGCAAGUAAUUAAUAUUAACAGUGUGAUCUUUAAAGUCUGACAAUAUAAAAUAAUUUAUAUAACUGUUUCACAUAUAUAAAAAUACGUAACCUAGAUAAAUGUUGAUUAUCUGUGAUGGUUACGAACUGUGAUUUCAGUUAUCAAACAUAAAUAUAAUUCAUCCUGUUUGGUCUUUGCUAAUUUCUUAAUUCUAGUAUUUGAUGACUAUUUGAGAUUUUGAGAGGCAUUUCUACACAAUGCAUAAAUAAUGCUGAUUGUAAUUUUUUUGUAUUAAAGUCAGCACAAUAAAUAAUGACAUUGGACCUAUAGGGUGAGUUUUGACUUUAAACAAAUUUUAAUUCCAAUGUGGAUUCCCAAAAAAUUUUGAUAUGAAAUAGAAACUUUUUUUUCUACUUCACUUUCCAUUAAAGCCACACACAUUAAGAAAGAAGGUACACUUAAAACAGUUGAUACAGUAGACUCUCGUCCAAAUACCUUAAAUGGUCAAGUAUUUUAUUACUCAAGUAUAGCUUGAUCUUUAAAAUGGCAUGAAUUUUGGUGGUUACAUUAACUUGAUCAGUGGUUACAAGUUUCAGAAAUCAGUAUGUGGCAUUUGUACUGUGAGUUUUCAUAGGGUAAAACAGGAAGAAAUGCCAUGCCAGUAUCUUAACCCUUUGAGAUACUUAGCUAUUUGUCUUAUCUUUUAUUCUAUUCUCAAGAUGUUAACUUUUAUUAAAAUUAAAAAUUUGCUUGUAUAUGUUGAUAGAACAAGAUGAACUGUAUUUAAUCAAAGAUAUACAUAUAUAUGUAGGUAUAUGUAUGUCACAUACACAUAUUAGAGAAUUUCUAUUAAUUCCUUUGUAUCUUUAAAAAAUAUCACUUGUUAGGUCUCUGCUACACUGAGGAAAUAUUUUGAUAAAACUAGACUUUUACAUUAAAGUUGUGUGUACAGUUUAUUAGAUAAUAAAUUGAUAUGUUGCUGUGCUUUCUGUGAAGUAGAAAGUUUUGAGCUCCAGGAAAAUUUUAACUAUUUAUGAAAACAGUAUCCAAAGGUAAUAGGAAAACUUUUUUUCCACCUCCCAGACCACUUUUUAUUAAGUGUUAUAACUUACUUCAAUGAGUGACUUCAGAAUAACUUCAUUUGCUUAUAAUAUAGGAACAGUUCUGCUGUUGUUAAUGUGUAAAUUCGUCUGGCAAGUAGUAAUAGAGUAAAAGUUAUUUGUGCUCUGUAUUAGUAACCUUGUGUUAUUAUUCCAAAAACUUGAUGCAGGAAUUUAAAGAUAAAUUCUUGGAAUUUUAGAGAAAUAAAAAUGUAUUUACAUUGUUCUUGGCUAUCUCUUGCCCCUUAUCUGGUAAGUUUUAAGAAUUAUUGCACUUAGUUAUUUUUAUUUGCAGGAUUUUACUUCAUUUGAAUAUAUAAUAUAAGUUUGUGAGUGAAAGAUAAAGAUGAAAGUGUAUUAUUUAUUGUCAGUUUUGAAUUGUAUGUAAAUAAAAUGAGUGUACUUAAAAAUUUAUUUGUAGUGCCUUAAAGUAAAAUAUAUUUUGACUA